AGUUGUGCAAUCACGGAACAUAUACUCUUAGCAACAACAAGCUUCCAUUCUCUAUAUUUGAAAGAACAAACGCAGUGAUGUCCCUUUCCUGGGAUAACUGAAAGAUCCUGUUUUGCUGGAAAAAUUGAGUGAACAUUCACUAAUUCCUCCAAAGGAGCCUGCAAUUCCAUUCCUAUAAAGCAAGAUGACAGCCAGAAAAUCAGCAGUGAUCAAUUAUAUUCAUCUGGAUGAAUCCUGCACAGUCUCAUUUCGAAAAGCCCCCAGGAAAACCUACACAGUGGAGGAAGCGGUGGAAACCAUUGGAUUUGGGCGAUUCCAUGUUUUGCUGGUCUCAAUCAUGGGGAGCACCAGUGUGGCUGAAGCAAUGGAGAUCAUGCUAUUGGCAGUCAUUUCCCCGGUCAUUCGUUGUGAAUGGCGCCUGGAAGAAUGGCAGGUUGCCAUGGUUACAACUAUGGUGUUUCUGGGCUUCAUGUCAUGCAGUUGGAUUUGGGGUUACCUGGCCGACAGGUAUGGACGUUGGAAGAUUCUUCUGCUCGUCACUGUCUGGAGUUCCUAUUACUCAGGCUUGACUUCCUUUGCACAUACCUAUGGCUGGUUUGUCUUCCUCCGUUCCAUGGUUGGAUGUGGAGUGGCUGGUCAUUCACAAGGAUUUAUUAUCAUGACUGAGUUCAUGCCGUCCAAAUAUCGAGGUCGUAUUUUGCCUCUGGGACAGUUCUUCUGGCUAUUGGGCUCCAUAAUAGAGAUCCUGCUGGCAUACCUAAUUAUCCCGACUUUGGGCUGGCGUUGGCUUGUGCGUAUCUCCACCAUACCAAGUAUCAUUCUGUUGGUGGUAUUUAAGUGUAUUCCAGAAUCAGCCCGAUAUAAUGUCUCUGUGGGGAAAUCUCAGUUUGCCACCAAAACCCUGACUUACAUAGCAAGAAUGAAUCAAUCCUGCCUUCCUCAGGGCUCUUUGCUGGACUCUGAAACGCCAAUCAGGGGAAGAAUGUCCGACUUGUUGGGUAUAGAAUUCAGACGCACAACCCUACAGUCCUGGUUCAUCUGGUUGGGAACAGCAUUUGCUUAUUAUGGACUGGUUCUAACCAGCUCAGAGCUAUUGGAAAACAAUCCAGUCUGUGGCGGUGAGGGAGCUAACAAAGGACCAGAUGUGGUUAAUACUUUGGAAACCUGCCAUUGUAAGAUGUUCGAAUCUGCAGACUACCAGACCAUGAUCAUCAGCACUUUAGGAGAAUUCAUGUUUAUUCCAUUUAGCCCUUUUAUUAUUGAGUCUUUGGGAAGACGUCGCAGUUUGGCACUCACUAUGGCGGCCUCUGGGAUCUUUUUCCUCCUCCUUAACAUCUGCAGCAGCAGGUCUGUGUUGACCACUUUACUUUUUAUUCUCCGAGCCCUUGUGUCUGCAAAUUUCACCAUCAUCUAUAUCUACACUGCAGAGGUGUAUCCCACAACUAUCCGUUCUUUAGGGUUAGGUUCUUGUAGUUCAAUGGCUCGUAUUGGGGCAAUGAUCGCACCAUUUGUAGCCCAGGUCCUGCUGGGCACAUGGCCUAUAACAGCUCUAUGCCUCUUUAGUGCUGUGUGCAUCAUUUGUUCUAUUUUGGCCUUUACUCUUCCCAUUGAGACUCAGGGACGUGCAAUGCAGGAGAUCAAUCCAUCCACAUCCAGUAUUUAAAAUUCAGUCAUGGAAUUAAUAUUUGACCAAGCAGAGGGAUCCGAAUUUCUAUCCUCUAAACCUUUGCAGUACCAUCACAAAUGAGUUAUCGAGGUGUUUGUUGAUCUCUCUGCGUUGGAUGAUAUUAUUUCCUUUCCUCUGAGGACCAUAUCUUGCUUUCCUCGUGCAUUAUUUUUUUCUGUAAGUGUAUCUCAUUGUCUCACAUCCAUCAAACAUCCACCACACAUGGCCUUUGACUGAGGAAGGAGGUUUAGAAAGGCUGAACUUUGAGAGGAUCUUGUUCUACUGUCUGUACUUAGGAAUAAACUCUGUGGCACAAAAUGUGAUAUGAAGUAAUAUGAUGAAGAAAAAUUGCCAAUUUAUUUUUGUUGCCACCUCAAGUGCACCAGGACUUUCCUGCACUGGUCACUGACAAAAGACGAACAUCUUUUGAAGCAUUGAACACCACUUUAAAAACAAAGACCAUCUCUUCCUGUGAGAAACCUGUUGUGCUCUGAUCUGAAGGAGCUCUCAGGUCUUGACAGUAUCUUGCCCUGGAAAUGUGAAUGUCUCUUAUCCCGAAGCAAGUUGAUACAUCAAACUAUCUCCCCACUCCUGGACUUUGUUGAAAUUGUGAAAAUGACCUUUGGUGCUUGAUCUGUUGUCAAAAAUAUGAUAAUUAUCAUCAUAGUCUUCAGUACAAAAUGAAUUCCGCGCUGGCCAGCUUGUCGUGUUGUGCAUAUCUGUUCUUGAACACUUUAACAUAAUCGUUACUGUGCAAACAUGCUUCAUUUUACUGAUAAUGUUGCUUCCUUCCUUUAUCCUUCAUGUUCCUCCUAAGCUCCAAAUACUUUGUCUUACUCGUUCUGCUCCUUGAAUCCUUGUUAAGUUGAAUUCCAGAUGUUAUUACAGUAAUCCUUUCAAUUGACCUCAAAACUGUGAAACCAUCUUACUUCCUUGGGUCUGUCAUUCCUCUGAACAGCUCUUUAACUCAAACUUGGAGUCACAAAUUGCUACUUGCAUUGAUUCAAUUCACCUACGCCAGGCUGCUUUUAGACUCAGUGUCACCUUACAAAGGGACUCAGUUCUUCCCCAGGAGUUCUUAAUAAAAAAGGACCUGUACACACCCAAACUGAGUCAAGUUACCAGAGCAGUAUAUCACCACUUUAGUCAGGCUGUCUGAGGUUUAUACAGUGAUUUUGAAUGCUAAGCUUACACUGUUAAUGUCAGAAUUCGACAUAAAAGGAGUAUCAUAAAGGUGUCAUUGGGCUGAUUCACUGGUUCACAUGCCUGUUGCAAUAUAGCACUUGCAAAGAACACUAACCCGCACUCACAGGCAUCUGCGCCUUCAUUUUCCAUCCAACACUGACAACAACCAGUAAGGUAAUUAACAGGAGCAUCAGAAGCUGAAAGUCCAUAAUGUAACUAAUGGGCAAAUCUAUCGAGAAAUCAGCCCUUAAUGUCAGUACUUUGGAGUUAAUGGGCAAAAACCAGUUUUGUGGUCAAUUAUCUUGCCCUCUACCUCCUGCUAACCACACAGCAGAAUUAUAAUGCAGUUAUUCACUAAUUGUCACAUCAACAUCUAACAAUUAGAGUGCAAUAGAUCUGGACAGAGGCAGGGAAAUUCCAUUAGUGCCAUGAUAGUAUCCCUAUCUCGGAGCUAGGAGGCUUGAGUUCAAGUCCCAUCUGCAUCAAUGUGGGUGAUAACACACAUUAUGGGUAACAUGGUGGCUCAGUGAUUAGCACUGCUGCCUCACAGUGCCAGGGACCUGGGUUCGAUUCCAGCCUCGGGCAACAGUCUGUGUGGAGUUUGCACAUUCUCCCCAUGUCUCUGUGGGUUUCCUCAGGAUGCUCGGUUUCCUUCCACAAUCCAAAGAUGUGCGGGUUAGGUGAAUUGGCCAUGCUAAAUUGCCCAUAGUGUUCAGCGGUGUAUAGGUUAUGUGCAUUAGUCAGGGGAAAUAAUGAGUAAUAGGGUAGAGAAAUGUGUCUGGGUGGGAUACUAUUCAGAGGAUCAGUGUGGACUUGUUGGGCCAAAUAACCUACAACCACAAUGUAGAGAUUCUGUGAUUCCUGAGCAAGUUGAUUAGAAAAUAUCUAGAGCUGAACAGGUGAGGAAAAUCCCAGUCCUUGUUCUACAGUCACUAGUUCCUCCCAAACAAGAUAUACUUACUAUACAAUGAAAACAUCAUGCAGUUGCUAACAAGUAAUUGAAAGUUAAAAGCUGCAUCUGCUUUUCAUUUGAAGAAUAUUCUGCUAAUUUGAUCAUGUUGAAGGCGAUUUGGAUACUUUUUUGUGAUUACAUUGCAAUAAACUUUUGAUAUUUGCAGACAAA